UCUCUCUCUCUCUCUCUCUCUCACACACACACACACACUCACUCACACUCUCUCUCUCUCUCUCUCUCUCUCUCUCUCUCACACACACACACACACACUCACUCACUCACACACUCUCUCUCUCACACACACACGCGGGGACUAAUUCAUGCUGAAGGUGGGAGCUGGGUGUGUGUGCAGCAGUCAUGGUGUGUGUGUCCGAGUUCUACAAAGGGAAGUGUGUGUUGAUCACCGGGGCGACUGGCUUCAUGGGGAAGGUGUUGGUGGAGAAGCUGCUGCGAUCCUGUCCUGAAGUUAAAGCUGUGUACCUGCUGAUCCGCACCAAACAGGGCCAGAGCUCACAGCAGAGGAUCCACACCAUGCUGCAGAGCAAGUUGUUUGACAGGCUCCGGGACGAGACUCCAGACUUCCAUAGGAAGAUCAUCCCAGUUAGCAGUGAGCUAACUCAGCCUGGACUCGCUCUGAGUGAUGAAGAUGUACAGACACUCACACAGCAUGUUCACAUCAUCUUCCACUGCGCAGCCACAAUACGCUUCGAUGAGCCGCUCAAACAUGCUCUGCAGCUGAAUGUGAUUGCGACACAUCAGCUCUUAUCUCUAGCUCAGCAGAUGCAGCAGCUGCAUGCCUUCAUUCACAUCUCCACUGCAUAUGCCAACUGCAACCGCCGUCAUAUUGAUGAGGUCAUCUACCCCCCACCUGUGGAGCCCAGCAAGCUCAUCCAUUCACUGGAGUGGAUGGAUGAUGCAAUUGUCCGUGACAUCACACCAAAGCUGAUCGGUGAUUGGCCGAACACGUACACUUACACCAAGGCCCUGGCGGAGUGUGUGGUGCAGCAGGAGAGUGGAAACCUGAAUGUAGGGAUCAUCAGGCCUUCCAUCGUUGGGGCCAGCUGGCAGGAACCUUUCCCUGGCUGGAUUGACAACUUCAAUGGUCCAAGUGGUGUCUUUAUUGCGGCAGGAAAGGGAAUCUUGAGGACAAUGAGAGCCAGUAAUGAUGCAGUAGCAGAUCUGAUUCCAGUCGAUGUGGUGAUCAACCUCACACUUGCUGCAGGAUGGUACACUGCAGUGCACAGACCGAAGUCUGCUCUGGUUUAUAACUGUACAACAGGAGGCAUUAACCCUUUCCACUGGGGAGAGAUCGAGCAUCAUGUGAUGUCAACGUUUAAGCGGAAUCCUCUUGAGCAGGCGUUUCGUCGGCCCAACGCUAACAUUACCUCAAACUACCUGAUUAAUCAGUACUGGAUCCUGGUUAGCCACAAGUUCCCUGCGCUCCUCUACGACUUGUUCCUGAGACUGUCUGGACAAAAACCUCAAAUGAUGCGGAUCUUUAACAGGCUACAUAAAGCCAUCGGACUGUUGGAGUAUUUCAGUAGUCAGGACUGGGAGUGGAAUUCUGACAACAUGAACAUGCUGAUGAACCAGUUGAGCACUGAGGACCGCAAGAUGUUUAACUUUGAUGUGCGUCAGUUAAAUUGGCCCGAAUACAUUGAGAAUUACUGUAUCGGCACCAAGAAGUACGUACUGAAUGAGGACAUGGCCGAUAUUCCAGCAGCCAGACAACAUCUGCGCAAACUGAGGAACAUCCGUUACACAUUUAACACCGUCCUGCUGGUCUUUAUUUGGCGUGUGUUUAUCGCUCGUUCUCAGAUGGCCAGAAACAUCUGGUACUUUGUUGUCAGUUUGUGUUUCAAGUUCCUUUCCUACUUCAGAGCCUCGAGCACCCUCACCAACUAGAAAAAAUCAUUCUACUGGCCCAGUCUCUUCCAGCGAUCCCUGUUCUUUCCCACAAUCUCCAGACUGUCUAAAUGUACUCCACUAAAGGUCAUACUGUGUCUGUGAUCAUGUGCAUAAACUUUUUGCAAACUAAUUUACUGGAGCAUUAUCCAGUAAGGCCGUAAUCCAUUGAGCGUUCCAUGGUCUGCCCCAGUCCCCUUGACUGUACCCUGGCCUGCCCCUUUUUCACUCAGGAGUAGCCUGCAUUGCAACUAGUCCACUGGCAUGCACCCUGGACCCUGGACUCCACUUGAAUGUACCCCGGUCUAAUCAAAGCCCACUGGUGUGUACCCUGAUACUUAGAACUGUCUGCACCCAGUCCACUGUAGUGUACCCUGUUCUGCUCCCAGGCAUCUGCACUAGACCGUUUUCUGCCUGCAGUCUACUAAAAUGUUGUGUUUAAUCUGUCCUGCAAUGAGUGUUCUUAUGUGUAUCCCUGUGUCUGCCCCAAGUCUAACCAAGUGCAUUAAAGUUUGCCCAAAUUUUGAUUAACCGUAACUCUGUCUGUACACAAUCUUUAUAAAAAUCCCACUUUGUACCAAAUUUAAAAGUCUAAGUUUCGGGCAAAAUCCUCAAAAAUAUUAACCUUAUCUGCCCCAGUCUACUCAGGUAGAACUCAGUCUGCCCUCUGUCUAUUCCACUUUAGUCCCUGCCUGUGUUAGCAUACCACAUUCUGCCCCCCUGUCGGUGUCAGUGUGCCUUGGUUGUAUUUAAAAAUACCUGUUUCCACUCGUCCCGUUUGUCAGCAUUAUUCCCAGCUUAUCCCUCAUUUUUCUUCAGUACCACACCUAAACUUUGGCCCUCUGCAUUUAUUGACCCUUUGUCAUCUGAUCCUUACACCACUGGAGAUCCUUACACCACUGGAGAUCCUUACACCACUGGAGAUCCUUACACCACUGGAGAUCCUUACACCACCUAGAAACUGGAGUAUUCUUACCAAAAAAACACAGCAAUCUACUGCUCAUGUCGAGGUCCAGCCCCUGCUAAUUAACCUCCUGUAAUUCAGACUCUUCCUGUCUUACUUUAAAUCAGCAACCAGUCUGCUAACAGUUUCCCCAGGCUAUCUGCCCCAGCUGUCCCGGGUGGAGUCACUGGGGUGGGAUCUCACCAUCAGCACCUACUACCGUUUUUAGAGCUUUUUCUCCUUUUAUAACGUGUUCUUUAAACAAAGAAAGAAGAAACAUAUAUAUAAAUAAAUAUAUAUAUAUAUAUAUAUAGCCACUGUUAUUUUACCUUGUCUGUAUAAAUGUCAUUGAUUUCUGUUUAAUUAAUGAUAGAAUUAUUAUUAUUAUGAUUUAUUGUUAUUAUUAAUUGCCCUCAAAUGCAGUUUUGUUUAUUUUGUUUUUUUAAAGAUUUGAAUUUUGACAGUGUUGAAAGAAGAUUGACUUAUCAAAAUCAGUUAAGAACGCUCUGGUGUGUGUGCACGUGUGUGCACGUGUGCGCACGUGUGCGCACGUGUAGUCAGGUCUAAAAGUCUGUGUUCACUACAGAGAUGUAUUUUUAUCUCAUGAGUUAUCUAACACUAAUGAACAUUCAGUCCACACCCACUCUCCCACACACCCACUCAGCCACACACCCACACACCCACUCUCCCACACACCCACUCUCCCACACACCCACUCUCCCACACACCCACUCAGCCACUCACCCACACACCCACUCUCUCACACACCCACUCUCCCACUCAGCCACUCUCCCACUCACCCACUCUCCCACACACCCACUCACCCACACACCCACUCUCCCACACACCCACACACCCACUCUCCCACACACCCACUCUCCCACACACCCACUCGCCCACACACCCACUCUCCCACACACCCACACACCCACUCUCCCACACACCCACUCUCCCACACACCCACACACCCACUCUCCCACACACCCACUCUCCCACACACCCACUCUCCCACACACCCACUCACCCACACACCCACUCUCCUAUACACCCACUCACCCACUCUCCCACACACCCACUCUCCCACCCACCCACUCUCCCACACACCCACUCUCCCACACACCCACACACCCACUCUCCCACACACCCACUCGCCCACACACCCACUCUCCCACACACCCACACACCCACUCUCCCACACACCCACUCUCCCACACACCCACACACCCACUCUCCCACACACCCACUCUCCCACUCUCCCACACACCCACUCUCCCACUCACCCACACACCCACUCUCCCACUCAGCUACUCUCCCACACACCCACUCUCCCACACACCCACUCUCCCACUCUCCCACACACCCACUCUCCCACUCUCCCACACACCCACUCUCCCACACACCCACUCUCCCACUCUCCCACACACCCACUCUCCCACACACCCACUCUCCCACACACCCACUCUCCCACACACCCACUCUCCCACUCUCCCACACACCCACUCUCUCACUCACCAACACACCCACUCUCCCACUCAGCUACUCUCCCACACACCCACUCUCCCACACACCCACUCUCCCACUCUCCCACACACCCACUCUCCCACACACCCACUCUCCCACACACCCACUCUCCCACUCUCCCACACACCCACUCUCCCACUCACCCACACACCCACUCUCCCACACACCCACUCUCCCACUCUCCCACACACCCACUCUCCCACUCUCCCACACACCCACUCUCCCACACACCCACUCUCCCACACACCCACUCUCCCACUCACCCACUCAGCCAUAAUGAUGAUGAUUGUGGUCUCUUCAUGACUCUGAAUCUGACCUUGAUCAUGAUUUAAUGAGGCGUCUUAUGAAAGUAAACUUUUUUACAUUUUUGAUAACUGAUGAAUGAAAACUGUUCUUUAUUUCUGAUUUAGUGCAGUUUGUAAUGUGUUAAAGCAGGUUUUAUAGCAGUAAUCAAUAAUCCUCAAUAAAUACUGGCAUGUUCAUACGCACUUCUGUGGUAUUAGCACUAAAUGCUAAAGGGGGCAUGUUUCAUUCUGUAAUAGCAGUGUAGCAUUCCAUCAUAUCUGCAGUUUUUCUUUAUGACUUACCAGAAACACAACCACAUAUACCUUUGGCUUGUGUAGCUAAUUUGCACUGAGCAGUUGUAUUUGGCAUGUUGGCUAAAUUCACAUUUUAACUUUGAGAUUAUUUUUCCAGUGCUUUCUAGUUUCAUUAUUAUAAGUUACUAAUCUUGCAUCUUGCUAGCUUAACUACCAUUUUAAAGAGGUACUGUAAAAAUAUAACUGUCCCUAGCCCUUAGCUUAAGGCUAAUUUUCCCAAAAUAAAGUUAGCCAAGUACACAUUUUACAGAAAUAUGAUCAGCUUGCUAAAUAAAAGUGAUAACUAGUUGCUAGUUUAUCUUUUACAUUGUUUAAUAAAGAAUUCUCAUGAUUGUAUCCCUCAAACUAGCAAACACUGACCUGACCUGAAGUUUUCAUUAAUUAAAAAACAACACAAAUGUUUAAUUUUGACCAGGAAUACAGUGACCUGUGGUGUGUUAGCCUGUGUGUAACACCCACGGUGUGUUAGCCUGUGUGUUACACUGUGGUGUGUUAGCCUGUGUGUUACACUGUGGUGUGUUAGCCUGUGUGUUACACCCGUGGUGUGUUAGCCUGUGUGUUACACCCACGGUGUGUUAGCCUGUGUGUUACACUGCGGUGUGUUAGCCUGUGUGUUACACCCACGGUGUGUUAGCCUGUGUGUUACACCCGCGGUGUGUUAGCCUGUGUGUUACACCCGCGGUGUGUUAGCCUGUGUGUUACACCCACGGUGUGUUAGCCUGUGUGUUACACCCACGGUGUGUUAGCCUGUGUGUUACACCCACGGUGUGUUAGCCUGUGUGUUACACCCACGGUGUGUUAGCCUGUGUGUUACACCCACGGUGUGUUAGCCUGUGUGUUACACCCACGGUGUGUUAGCCUGUCAGUUCUCAGCCGUCAUCCCUUUCUAUCUUAAUGCAGUAAGGACAGAAAGCUGAAGUAUUGUUUGAGCUGAUUGUAAUGUUUACUGAUGCACAGACUGCCCUCUGAUGAUAUGAUGCCAAACACAAUGCAUUUUUACAUUUUUAAUAAGAACAAAGUGUGUGUUUACUGUUCACGAGUGUUUCAUGUACUGUUCAUAACUGAAAGACGUUAUUUACACAGAUGCCAUAUUACAGUACAGAGCUUGUCUUCCUCUGUCAUGUCACAUGUUUUAAUGACAAGUUUAAUACAAAUCCAAUGAAGUGAGAAAUUGUAUUUAUUCUGCUUUAUUCUUUUUCAUGUUUAUCACACUUUUCUAUAAAUAAUACAUCCUAACACUUCAUUUUUCGACACCACAAACACCUUGAUGUCUUAAAAUAAAAGUGUGCAAUCAGAAA